AUAGCAUACGCAUGCAUGGUAACGCUUGGCCAUGCAGAACAAACUGCGUAACACUACCCCACCGAAGACGUAUCGCGACUCUCCGCCCCGCCGCCCCGUUUAUGGGCAGCGCAGACAGACGCAGCACAGGGUUUCCACUUCUGGUUCAUGAGCCGCGAGGAGUUCCUGGCACUGCCUGAGGACAGGCCAAUGCCCCGCCACCAGACCCUGAGGGAUCAGGGCAAGUUGGUGCGCAUCUUCAUGACCGACGCAGACGUCCUGUCUGGAGCGGCGAGGACAAAGGCUGCAGUCAGCCAUCGCUGGGUCAGGCAUUGGCACAUUGACCCGGACUGCACCAAGCUGAAGAAACUGAAGACGAUUCUGCGCGAGAGCCCGGACAUCACCCACGUCUGGAUCGACUGGGCGUGCAUUCCGCAGAAAUGGAAGGACGACGCCACGGAAGGGCGCAAAACAUUCGUGGAGCAGGAGGAAUUCAACAGGACUUUGGCGAACGUCCUCCCAUAUCCGUAAUGGCUUCGCCCCCUGCCGCCGGCCCCCUCUCUCGGAGAAUGGGCCAUGGAAGAGCUAAGUCAUGAGGCUUUGGCGCUGUCGUGCAGCAGUAUCGGAACUUCAUGCGGGGCCGAUUCGCAAUCGGCAAAACCAACUGAUCACAAG